CAGCCUAAAGUUUUCAUUGUUAUUCUGUUGUCAAAGAUGGCUUCCAGAUUAAGUUAUUUGCAAAUAUUUAGAAACCUCUUAAAUAAUUUGAAUCAAAGAGUCUAGAUCUAAGAAUAAAAUAUUAAGACUGAGAGAUAAUCAAUCAUAAUCUAACAAAUUUAAGAACUUUUCUAGACUCUUACAUGAUCAAAAAUGCCUGGAAAUCUGUUGCAAGAGAAAACUGGAGAUCAUGAAGUUUCACUCUUUUCUUUGGAAGUGGUUGUUGAAAAAGUAUAUAUUCCGCAUUCUCCGUGCAGAUUCCCAGCAGUUGCAUUUAGAUUAUUGGAUUUUCCUACUAUAUUAAUCAAGCAUGUUGAAGAUGAUCUUGGUAAAGCAAUACGUGACAAAAUUUCUGCUGAUCCUUAUUAUAAUAUACCUAAUCAAUUUAUUGAAUUAAAAGACAAACAUGGAAAUUUCAUGAUAAAAAAAGGCAAAUCAUGCCUAUUCAAAAUAUCAGCAGAUGUGCUUAAACAACAUCUUGCAAGCACACCAUUGUAUGUAAUGAUUAUAGAUCUGUUUCCAGAAGUGCCUAAAUUGGUUGGCAAUAGUUCCAUUCCACUUAAUUCUUUAAUUGAAUCCAUUUGUAUUGACAUCAUUAAACUGGGUUCAACAGUCCCUUCAGUGCAUGGGGAUAAAGGAUUAUUUAAAAUAUAUAACCUGAUGGGAAAAGAAAUCGGUUACUUUGUCUUAGGAUUUAGGUUGCUUUGCUUGGGGCCAAGUUUAAUUCCACACUUACCAGACUCUGCUUUAGUCCAUCAAGGCAAAAAUUCAGAGCAACAGUUUGACCAACUAGAAGAUGAACUUAAAGAAGAGAAAGUAUGUAUAGUUAAUGCACCCCAAUCAAAGCAUAAGCAUUCAUCGUCAAUGACAGAGCCAUUACAACAAGAGACUGUCGAAAGGAAAGAUAAGGAGAUACAUGUCAAUCUUGAAACAGUCUCUGCUAAUCAUAGAGACUUACACAGUGCUUCAACACAGACAGAAAAUAAAAUUAAAGUCAGCAAAUCACAAAAUGUUAUAGGCAGAUGGAUAAAACAUGUUGACACGCAAAAAGAUGAAAAUGAUCUCAUCAUAAAUAAUAUAAUUUGCCCUCCGCCAAUGUUUUACAACAGUAAAGCUUCACCAGCACUAUUGAUGCAAAAUUGUUCUCCAGGAACACAGUUUGAUGAAGAUUUAUCUGUCAAUGAGUUGUCUGAAAUAGAAAGUUUUGAUGGUUUUGGUUUGCAUUAUGAAAAGCAUAGAAAGACAGACAUUUCAAAGCAUGACAAAAUGAUGUCCACAGAAAAACAAUUAAGUCCAAAAGUUAAAAACUCUGAAUUAUAUAUACCCCAAGCCAGAGAAGGGGAGAUAAUUAAAGGAUUAAAAGUUGCUCCUAGACCUGAAACAAUAUUUCCUUUAUUAACUGCUCUUAUAAAAGAGUUAUCACAUAUUCAGAAUCCCCAACUUCUGAUGGAUGUUUCUAAUAAAUUACAAACUGCCUCUACAAUAUCACCAGAACAACAAGCCAUUAAAAAAACAGCUUUGCCAGAAAAUGAAAAGCUUCCUCUGUCAAUUGUCUCUGCAGUUGCAUCAGCAUUAACAAAAAAAUUUGAAGCAUCAAAACCAGCAAAAGAAAAAGAUUCCAGUGUAAAGCAGAACCUACCAGUCCAAUUGAAAAAUGUCCCUGGAGCUGAUAAAAAAACAGAUGUGAUUGAAAAAGCUAUUAAAAAGCCUAAAGUUGGUGUACCUACCAUCAGAGGCAAAUUAGUUUUUGGGCUGACACAUACUCAGCGGUUAAGGCUUCAAAAGACUAAUCCAGAGUGGCUUAAGCUGGCAGAAAAAGAAAUGUCUGACUUAAAGGCUAAACAGCAUUCUGAAAAGAAAAGACCUGAUAUGGAUGAUAUAAAUGCAACGACAUUUUCAGACACUCUUACUGAAGUGAGACGUCUGGCAGAACAAGAGUUAAACACGCCAGCAGCAUUAGGUGAUACUUUACAAAAUGUAUCAAGUGAACAAGAGUUUGGAUCGACUGAUGGGUUGGAAAAUAGAAAUUUACAACAUAAACUGCGGAAGAAAAAUGCCAAAACACACGCAAAAUCAAAACAUUUUUUGAAAGCUAGGCACAAUAAAAAUGUAACCGCCAAGCUAAAAGAGCAGAAUAAGCAUCGACAAUCAUCUUUACAAAUUCACAGUUCAUCAGUUGAGAUCAAAGGAGAUAAUUCAGAUGAGGAUCAGUUCAGUGUGCAAAGUUCAAGAAGUCGUUCCAUUGAGGUCCGCCUUCCAUCGGCUGAGCCAGAGUCCAUCAUUGAUGCUUCCCCUGUGAACAGUGAUAGUGAAUCUGAUAGUGAUGAAGACAUCCCUCUCCCAGAUGACAGCAUGAAAGAACCACAUAAAAGUAGCAUCAUUAAUUUUUCAAAGUAUCUCUCCAGAAGCUCAUCAGCUCCUGAAUCUAUUCAUGGUGCUGCCAACUCUUCUUUAAAUAUUUCCUCUGCACUAGAUGAAAAUUCUCCAUUGGAGUCCACUCGCCACUCUAAAAGUGUUAUCUCAGAUAAAAAUGAUUCACAUGUUUUUCAGUCAACAGAUUAUGACACACACCAGUUUUUAUCGACUGAAGAGCCAGAACUGCAAGGUCUUGCCAGUGGUGAAGAUUUAAAUUUAUCGGAAUCUCUUGACACUGGAAGGAAGUCUGUUCCUUUAGCUGGAACAUCUCAAAAAUUUCCAGUCAUAAUUCCACAGUUAUCAGAAAGCUCGCCAGUGCCUUCGGUUAGAAGAUCUCAUACAAAAAUAGAUUUGGGCAAUUUAAGUCACUUGGCUUCAGCUUCCUACUCUAAAGAUCUGAACUCAUCAAAGAUUUUUUCUCCAAAGAGUAGAGAGGAAAUGAAUUCCGAUAGCCAGAAACUCAAUCCACAUGAAAGCAGCAGGAUUGUCACCCCAAAGCUUUCUAUUCAUGAUAACAGAGUUACCACCCCUAAACUAGCACUUCCUGACAGCAGAGUUGCCACCCCUAAAAUAGCCCUUCCUGACAGCAGAGUUUCCACCCCUAAACUGGCAAUCACUCCCAGGUCUGUAUCAUCCAGUCCUAGACAGCCCAAGCCUCAUCCUCGUAAAAUGUUAAGGGAAUCUAUUCACACAGACUCUAUCAGCUCAUACAUGCCCUCAGACCCAGACAAUGUUAUUGUGUCUUUAUCUACAAGUAAUUCUGGGAAUUAUUCGGAGGAUUUUUUACAGGUAAAUACAAGUGGGACAAGUGAGGCAUCAUCAGUAGAGCCGUUGCCAAACAUUAUUUCGAGUGCUAAAUUAGGAUAUACAAUAAAUUGAGUCAUUAUUUUGGUUUACAAUGCUAGCUAUGACAUCAACUUUCUUUGAUGAGCAUAGAUGAAAAAAAGUAGCAGUCACUGGCAUCCUGACAAAAAGAAGGAGAGUUGUGACGGCCCCUAUAACUUCGGGAGAUAAAGAGAAGCUUGUAAUGAUGACAGCCACAGAAAGAAAAAAAAACCUAAAUCAGUUAUUUCAGACAAUGGCCUUAUUUGUUUCAGAUGUUGCAAAAUAUUAUAGAUCACAGCUGGAAUUUUUUUUCAAUGUGUAAAAAAAUUGUUGCAAUAUUUCCUUAUCUUUGGACUCUGGCUUAUUAUUUAUUUUGAUUCUUUUUAAUUUACUAAAAUUGAAUAUCAACCAGUAGAUACAUAUUUUUUGUAUACAAUAUCAAGCAUACAUUAUUUUAUUUAACUUUUUUAAAAAUUUUAUUAUUAUUAUUAUUUAUAAUUAUUUUAUUUUAUUAUUCAUAUUUUUAAGCAGUUUUUUUUAUUCAUAUCAUUACAUAAGUGUAGUCUCUGAAUGGCCUACAGAGUCUGUAUCUAAAUCUUAGUAUCCAGCUUUGAUGAAAUUAAUGUGUUUUUAGAAAUUGUUGAGUGCCGAAAUAUUAUAUUAUUAUAAUUAUUAUAUUAUAAAUACCUUUUUUGUUAUCUGUAUUAUGAACACACGCAUGAAUUUUAUUAAACACAAAACCUAAGCUAAAUGAAUACUUAGCUAAAACAUAAUUACAUGGUACAAAGUAAAAAGACUAAGUCAAAUUUGACUUUUUAAAGUCAAAUAUGUGUUGGCAGAAAUAUUUGAAUCUCUUCCAUCUGGUUUCUGAAUGUGUGGAAUAGUUUUAUUUUGUGCUUCUUUUUUUUUCUUCGCCUAUCAUUUCACUUGUGGCUUCUUCUACAUCCAUUCUAAUUUCUUAAUUUGUAUAGGCCUGCUUUGUCCCAGUCUGGUCUGGUCAAGUAAUUUUAGAUAGCAGAUCCCAUACAUCCAUUUCUUUAUUGCCCUUCCAUUUUCUUGCCACAUUUGUUUUUAAUCUUUUUUUUUAGUUUAUUUAUUAUCAAUUUCAAACAAGCAUUUUUUUUUCUUCUAAAAUUCUAUUUAAACUUUUUUUUUCUUGAUAGUAUUAUGUUGUUAGAAAAAUAUGUUUAUAAUUUUUUUUUAAUGUAAAUACAAUUUUUUUUUGAGUUACAAAAUGAUGCUCAAAAACAAUAAUUUUAAAAAAUAUUAACAAUUUAAAUCACUUUUAAACUCAAUAAAAUAGUUUUAAAAUUCAGUCAUUUUUCUUCAUUUCAUGCUCUUGACUAAGAAUGAAAAAAAAGAGAGAAACAAACAUCUUAUCUGAUAGAUUUUUCUGCAUUCUGAAUACAAUAUAAUGUUUUAUUACUCAAUCAAAUGAAAAAUAUGUACUUUUUUUUCUCUACUUGAGUUUAUCAGGCAACUUAUGUGUUGAUAUUCACUCCACAUUUUUGAAAUUAUCUUAAUCUAGCAAUGAAAUGAAUUUGUACCUCAAAAGUACAACACUGUACCUCAAUAUCUUCUUUCUCUUUACAUCUUUUUUAUUUCUGCCUUUGGGUGGGUUUGCCCAGGUGGUGUCGAAUGUGAACAUCAGACACCUCGCACCGCUGACCAACGCCCGUGUUAGGACUUUUUGUCUUUCCCUGGGUCAAAGGAAGAUAAGCGAGAAGUCGUGGCCUUGUUGUCGCCAAGGUGGCGAAGUCAGUCUAGCUAGAAGAGGAAAAGUGGGGUUUGGUGGUGAAAUCUGGCCUAAGAGUAAGAAAUAGUUAAUAUAAAAUAAAAAAAUAGUAAUUAAUGCUGUGAUAAAAUUGAGUGACUCUGUCAGCAAGAUUUUGAGCUGUGACAUAAAUACAUUAAUGAUUAAAGCCUUUAGUAAAUUUUAGCAUUUGCUUCAAAAGUUAUAGAAAAAAAAACAUUUUAUGUUAUAAUAUUGUCAUUCAAUUCAAACAUACUAUUGCAGCUUAUAUAUACACAUUUGUUAUCACAAAUACAUUCAUUUUAUCUAGCCAUCUAGGUAUUAGUUUUUAUUAAUUUUUUAUUGUAAUUUUAGGCCCAUAUUUAAUUUAAAUGAUUAUUAAACUUGUAUGUAUUAA